CCACAGCCUGGGGCUGGGGCUGGGGCUGGGGCUGACCCUGGCGGGGGACGUCUGCUGGUGUGAAUGCCCUGGGCGCAGGAAGGUGGGCAGGUGCCACGAGCAGCCAGACGCCCACAGGGUUCCUUCCUCUCCUCGCUGCUAGUGUGGGCUGCAGGCAGCAGCUGCCUCCCCGGGUGCCAGCACUGAGCCUGGCGUGGGGUCAGUAGCGUGGCAGCCUCUGCUCCUCCCCGGUGGGCUCCGGUGCCAGGGGCCAGGCCAGCUGCGAGGUGCUGUCUGCGUGGUGCCGCCUCCGGGCCUGGGACCUGGCCAAGGGGAGCUGGGAGCUGCGUCGGGCCGUGGGGCAGCCACAGGCCUGGCCGCUGCUCUCCAGGCCUGAGCACUGCCCUGAGCUUUGUCCGGGUUCCCCCUGGCAGUGGCCUCGUGCUACCGGUUCAGGAGCCUUCAGCGGAGGCUGCUUCAGGCAGGUGGUGCUGGGCACUGGCUUCUACGCUGCUCGGUCCCCAGUGCGUCCUGAUCCUCCCUGCUGGAGGGUCUGGACCUGGGGCACUUCGCUGGAGCUUAUGAGCAGUCUCCGGAGACAGGGCAUCAGCUGUGUCCGGGUCCAUCCUGCCUCUGGCUCGGGCAGGGGCACCGUGGAAGGAGCUCUUGCGCGGGCCAGGCAUGUGGGGUCAUGCAGUCCUUGCUUAGUUAUGCACAAUCCGGGUCCUGCGCUGGGGCCUCUGGCUGCACAGGGUGCAGGGAAGUGCUGCAGUGCUCUGGGCACGCACCCUCCUGCUUGUGCUGGUCUUGCCAGUGGCUGCUGCUGGUGUGGGGAAGGGCAGGGGAGGUCCCCGUGGCACAGGCCUGGUGCAUUCAGGGCACGAGCCGUGCCCAAGAGAAGCAGGCAGGGAAGAAACCACGGCCUCCUGGACUAGGGCACCGGGGACCCGGUGACGAAGCCCUAGCUGGGUCUCUCGUCCCAGUCCCUGCAGCCGGAUGGGAAGGGCUGGCCCCAGGAAAGCUGGGCCUGCUCUGGGCACCGCUUUGGGGCACUGAGAUGAACUGCAUCACAGACGCGUGUCCUGCUGAGGCCAGGGUGUGGAGGGGGCAGGUCCUGUGGGAGCCGCCAGCUCUGACAUGGCUGUCCCAACAGGUGGGGAAGAUGACUAGCAGUGACCCCGAACGGCCCCAGUUCCUGUUCGUGAAGGCGCUGGCCAGCCGGGGCCGCGCGGAGGCCGUGACGCAGCAGAUGGGCUACCACCCGCAGUACCUGGACAGCUUCCUCAAGACACAGCACUACCUGCUGCACAUGGACGGCCCGCUGCCCUUCGCCUGCCGGCACUACAUCGCCAUCAUGGCAGCUGCCCGGCACCAGUGCCGCUACCUGGUGAAUCUGCAUGUGCUGCAGUUCCUGCGCAUGGGGGGGGACCCCCAGUGGCUGCGGGGCCUGGCCUUUACCCCGCCCAAGCUCCGCAACCUCAAUGAGAUCAACAAGAUCCUGGCGCACCGGCCCUGGCUGGUCAGCAAGGAGCACAUUGAGAAGCUUCUGAAGAUCAGCGAGCAGAGCUGGUCUCUGGCCGAGCUGGUCCACGCCGUGGUGCUCCUGGCGCACUGCCACGCCCUGGCCAGCUUCGUCUUUGGGUGCGGCUGUGGGCAGGACGAGCGGCCAGAUGGCCGGGCUGUGCCAGCACCCACCUCACCUGGGAACCAGUGCUUCUGCGAGGCUGGCAGUGGCAAUGGCUGCAGCCAGGAACUGUUGCGUAUCAACCGCAAGCGGUCCCUGGACUCCUGCGUGGAGCUGGAGUCGCUGCGGGACCGUGCCCAGAAGAUCCACCCAGAGGCCGAGGGCAGGGAGGAGACGAGGCUGCCCCAGCCAGACAGGGAGGAAGACUUGCACGGGGAAGCUGUCAGCACCGCAGACCUCUCCUGCUACCUGCAGGACCCCGACUUCGCAUACCAGGACUUUGCCCGGCGCGACGAGGAUCACACACAGAUCUUCAGAGUCCAGGACUACUCCUGGGAGGACCACGGCUUCUCGCUGGUGAACAGGCUCUACUCCGACAUUGGGCACCUCCUGGAUGAGAAGUUCCGCACCGUGGACGGGCUGCACGGCAGUGUUAUGGCCAAGCGGCAGGGCUGCGAGCCCUCGGCCUUCAAGCGCGGCAUCUGGAACUACAUUCACUGCAUGUUUGGGAUCAGGUACGACGACUACGACUAUGCUGAAGUGAACCAGCUCCUGGAGCGGGCGCUCAAAGUGUACAUCAAAACUGUGACGUGCUACCCUGAGAAGACAAACCCUGAGACGUUUGACCGCUUCUGGAAGCAGUUCAAGCACAGCGAGAAGGUCCACGUGAACCUGCUCAUCCUGGAAGCCCGGAUGCAGGCGGAGCUGCUGUAUGCGCUGCGCGCCAUCACCCAGUACAUGAUCUAGCUGGACCGGUGCCCACCCGCGCAAACGGCUGGCCAGCGCGGGGCAGGGCACUCUGUCUGCUCCGGUUACCAGACUGACUUUCCUUUUCCCUGUGGGCCACAAUGCGUGGCCCGUGAUGUGCAAUGACCAAGCUGUGAGGAGAGUCCAAGCUGCGGCAGGGAGGGCUGCCAAAGCUGCACCCCAUCCUCCAGCGCUGCUGAAGCCAGCUCCGACGGGCAGCAACAGGCCAAGCCGUGAAGCCAGGCCCUCCCACUGUGCUGAUCUGGUGCCUCCCUGGCGAUGAAGCUUCUUCCUGAGGAACAUCGUGGGCAUGGGGCCAGGCAAUGGGCAAACUGCAGCCGGUGGCAGGGGAGAGGCUGGCUCCAAUCUGCUUCAGGGAGCUCAGCCCCUCGCAAGCCUUGGGCUGGGCGGCAGGCCGCCCCCUCCCUCCCCUGCCAGUGCAGCCCCCUGCCCUCACUCCUGUGCCAAACCCUUUUUGGGGCAGAGGGAGCUGCUGGCCAGGCCUACUCCACACUGAGCCUGUGGCUGGGGGGCGGCUGGCACUGCCCAGCCCCAGGGCAGGCAGGGAGGGUGGCUGCGGUUCCUGGUGGAGGCUGCAGCAGGGCAGAAACUGAGGGUCCCUCCUGCAGGCUUCUGCUGCGCUUUCUUGGUGCUGAGAGGCAGAGGGUGAGUGCAGGAUCAGGGAGGGCAUGUUCUCCUGGGAGCUGGCCCUGGCCCCUGUGGCUGGCUGCUCGCUGCCAGUGUGAGGCCUGCUCCUGCCCUGGGAGCUGAGGCAAGUGGGACCACCAGGCAGGGGUGGUGCAGGGCAGCCCAGAGCUGUCCAGUCCCCCUGCCAUGGGCAUGUCCCCUCCUUGGCUAGGUGCUGCUCCAGGACCCCAGCUUGGCUCCAGGGGUGCAGGCCAGGUCCUGCCCCUGGAGUAUGAGGGAGGGCGGCAAGGCCCGCCUGCGCGCUGCUUCAGUCAACCUGUUUACUGCGUACGUGUGUGAAGAAAACUGCGUGUCUGGAAGCUACAGAAAAAGCCUAUUUUUGCUAUAAAUAUCAUUAUGUUUGACAUGG